UAUCGCAAUGUGGUUCAUCUCUAGCAACUACGCUAAGCCGGUUAGACUGGUCACACUAAGGCAAAAUGUCUGUAACGUUACACACCGAUGUUGGCGAUCUAAAGAUCGAACUGUUCUGCGAGGCGUGUCCCAAGGCUUGUGAAAAUUUCCUUGCCUUAUGUGCUAGCGACUAUUACAGCGGCUGCGUCUUCAUCAGGAAUAUUAAGGGAUUUAUUGUACAAACUGGUGAUCCUACCAAUACCGGCAAGAAUGGUCAAUCUAUAUGGGGCACCAAAUUCGAUGAUGAGUUCAAAGAGACUAUUAAGCACACAGAUCGUGGAAUGGUGUCAAUGGCCAACAAUGGACCCAAUGCAAAUGCCAGCCAAUUCUUUAUAACAUAUGCCGCCCAACCCAAUUUAGAUUUAAAAUAUACGCUUUUCGGCCGUGUUAUAGAUGGUUUCGAUGCUUUGGAUGAGCUGGAAAAGCUGCCAGUUAAUCCCAAAAACUAUCGUCCACAUGUGGACAAGAAAAUCAAUGGAGUCACUAUACAUGCCAAUCCCUUAGCCGCAUGAUAGCCCAUUAUAUAGACGCAUAGAUUAGAAGUACCUUAAGUAUACAUUUUCAAAUAAAUGUUUAACGAAAAACUAAAA